AUGGAGGCUUUCAAGCGCCGCCGUGCUACGGAGCUGAAGAACGGGCGUGUGGCCAUGCUUGCCACCAUGGGCUACAUCGUCCCGGAGUACUUCCGCUUUCCAGGAUACUGCGCGCCCUCCGCGGGCCUCAAGUUCAAGGAUAUCCCGAACGGCCUGGCGGCUUUGAGCAAGGUGCCAGGAGCUGGCUGGACUCAGAUCUUCCUGUUCUUGGGCCUCGUGGAGAAGGGCCUCUACACCUUCGACCCGACCCGUCAGCCGGGAGACUACAAGAAUGCCGGUGUGCUGGGCGUGCCGAAUGGCAGCACCAUGACGCCUGGCGAAGGCCGAAAUCGCAAACUCAACUCCGAGCUGGCGAAUGGCAGGUUGGCCAUGAUGGCCAUCAUUGGCAUGUUCUUCCAGGAUGGCCUCACGGGCAGCGCCUGGGGUGAUUGGGCCGCGUACACCGAUUCCCCCCUUCGUGCCUUCGAGAACGAGCUGGGCGUGCAGGCUCCCGUGGGUUACUUCGAUCCGCUGGGAAUGUCCAAGGAUGGCGAUGAGAAGACGUUUCGCCGUCGCCGAGAGUCCGAGCUGAAGAAUGGACGGGUCGCCAUGUUUGCUGCCAUGGGAUUCAUCACCCCGGAGUACUUCCGCUUCCCUGGGUUCCUGUCGCCAACGAAGGGCCUGAAGUUCGCUGAUGUCCCAAACGGCCUCGCUGCUCUCUCCAAGGUCCCCUUUCUCGGCUGGAUCCAGAUCCUUGUCUUCUGCGGCAUGGUGGAUUUCGGGCUCUACAGGGCCGAUCCCUCUCGCGACCCUGGUGACUAUGAGAAUGCCGGUAUCCUCGGCGUGCCCAAUGCCAGUGGCCCCAUGGCAGAUGCCGAGGGCCGCAAGAGGAAGCUCAAUUCCGAGCUUGCGAACGGCCGCCUGGCGAUGAUGGCCAUCACUGGCAUGCUCUUCCAAAACGGAAUCACAGGAACCACCGGGCCGGCCAUGUGGGGAUUUUGA